AUGAAGAAGAUUUUGAAACAUUACUUUCUGCAUUGUUAGUAAAUCACCAAUGGUGUAAUAAUAUAAUUCCGAUAUUAUGGAAAAGACCAUUCACUUUGACAAAUAAUACCUUAUCAGAAUCGUCAUUAGCAAAAAUUAUAAAUAUUUAUUUAAAGCUUUUACCUGAUGAAUCGAUUGAUUUAUUAAAUUUAAAAUCGAUUAUCAGUAGUCAAGAAAAUAGCAAGCCAAAGUUUAAUUAUGUUGAACAUCUUAGAGAAUUUGACUUUAAAAAAUUGUAUGAAGGUGUUGGUGAAUGGUGGGAAAAUUUUUACAAAGACAGGAUUGAUUUGGAUAUUGAACUUAUGAAAUUAUCUUUUAAUGAUAAUAAGGUACAAGAAAAUAAUGAUGACGUUGAAUGGAAUAGGCCUGUACAAAUCAAAUUGUGUGAUAUAGGCAAAUAUAUCAGCAAAAAUAAUCACAAGCUACAGCAACAAGAAGUAGCAGAUGAAAAUGAAAAUUAUGAAGAUCAAGCAGAAGAACAAGUUGAGGUUGAGGUUGAAGAAAAGAAACAUAUUCCAUUUGAAGAUACUGAAGAAGCUCACAAAAUGAAAAUUAUCCAAGAACUCAUUAAAAUAUUUAUUGCUGAAAGUAAAAGUUUAGAUAAGAUCAACAUUGACACACGUAAUUUAUCAACAACUCUAUCAAUUCAUUUUGAUAAAUAUAUAGAUCUAUCAUCAUCUUCAUUAUUAUCAAAUAGUAAUAGCAGUAGUAGUCUAAGCAAGUUAUCAGAAUUGGUUUGCAUAGGAGAUUUUUAUAAAGGAAAAAUACUUAAUAAUUUAUUAAAUGUUUCAAAAAACAUUAAUAAAAUUUGUGUAGCUGAUUCAUAUAAAACAUCAAUUAAACAAUUGAUUUCAUUAAUUAAAUCUCAACAAAAAUUAGAAACAUUAUAUUUUAUAGGAGGAUUUGUUGAUAUUUCAAAUCUUUUAUGGUCAUUGGAAUCUCAAGCAGGAAAUCUUAAAGAGAUUCAGUUAAUAAAUUGUUUUGUUAAAGACAUUAAAUCAAUCAAAGGUAUAACUUCAUGUUCAGACAUGGAAGAAUUAAAAAAGCUCAUAAUCAAAUGUAGUUCACAAUUGGAAGAAAUUAAAUUAAAUUUAGAUUUAUAUUAUUAUGUCAACUUGAUCAAUAUUAUCUCAGAAAAUUGUCCAAAUUUAAAGUUAUUUUCUGCAAAUAUUAAAACAGAUGACACAGUUAAUGAUCUUUUUAAUAUAUUGAUGUCUUGUAGAUUUUUGGAAUCUAUAAUAAUUUUUGGAACUUAUAAAACAACUUUUUUGGAUGUUAGUGAUAUUUUACCUCAAAUGGGUUUAUUAUUGCCACCAACAAUCAAAUCUUUAGAUAUAACUAGAUGGACAUUUCCUAGUGAAAGUUUGGAUUUAUUUUUAAGAAACUGUGAUAUUAAUAUCAAGUUUCAAUAUUUAUCAUGGCAUUGUUAUCUUAAUGCAAAUAAUCAUAUUCUUGUUAUAGAAAAAUAUGCCAAAGAAAGAAAUCUUUCUAUCAAAGAGACUAAGGUUGAUUAUUAUGAAGCUGGAUAUGGGUGGAAUCGAAAUGUUUGUCAUGUUGUUGUAGAAUUAAACGAGUAA